AGCCGCCCGAUAACGCUCAGUCGGCAGUCCGCCGCGCCCCGAGUACCCGUCGGCCGUGCCAUGUCAAAGGUCGCCGUCGUCACCGGCUCCAACAAGGGGCUCGGCCUAGCCAUCGUCGAGGGCCUGUGCCGGAGGUUCGCCGGCAUCGUGUACCUGACCGCCCGGGACGAGGCCCGCGGGCGGCGCGCGGUCGAGGGGCUGCGCGAGCUCGGCCUGAGCCCCACCUUCCAUGUCCUCGACGUCGCCGACCGCCGCAGCGUGGAGGCGUUCCGCGACCACCUGCGGUCGGCCCACGGCGGCGUCGACCUGCUCGUCAACAACGCCGCGGUCGGCGAGGACCAGGGGACCGGGCCCACCUCCUACGAGACCUCGCGGAGGAUCAUAGACGUCAACUACGGCGGGGUUGUCAACGUGCAGGAGCUGAUCUACCCGCUGGUGCGCGCCGGCGGGCGGAUCCUCAACGUCUCCAGCGACUGCGGGCAUCUGUCCAACGUCCGGUGCGAGCGCUGGAUCGAGCGCCUGUCGAGGCCGGACCUUGGUCGGGCGGACGUGGACGAGUUCGUUUCGUGGUUCCUGGAGGCGAAGCGUACUGGCAAGUUCCUGGCGGAGGACUGGGCCGACGGCGCAACUGUGGCGGCGUACCGCGCGUCGAAGGUGGCGGUGAGUGCACUGACGGUGGUGCAGCAGCGAGAGCUGGCGGCGCGCGGCGUGCGCGUGGCGAGCCUGCACCCGGGCCUCGUGCGCACCGACAUGACGGGUGGCGUGGGCUUUCUCAGCGCGGCGGAGGCGGCCGCGACGCCACUGCGGCUGCUGCUGGACGAGCCGCCGCCGCCCGCCGCCUACGUCUGGUACGACGGUCGCGUGCUCGACUGGUAUGACCACAAGGCGGACUACUUCUUCAAAUAUUCUACUCUCGAGCGCUGAUGUUCGAGGAUUUUCGGGGAGGAGGAGCGAACGCUUACGAGAUCAUUUUGAAGUAAUUUAAAUUUGAACGAUACUACGGGGCCUCGCGCCGCGUUCGCUGCUGCGAUAGCGACCCGAUACGAUGAUAAAAUGGUCGUUAUCGAAUAGAUACUAAAAAUAAAAUAUUAAGAACAACAA